GCGUGUGCAACGUGCAAACACAACUCACAAAUAAUACACAACUACAAAACCAUUGUCAAAAUCAUUAGCCAAGAUCUAGCAAACAUAAGAAAAAAAAAAAUUCUCAGAUGGAUAGUAUUACCCUUUGGAAUUUGUUAGCAACAGUACUAAUCCUCUUCUUAAUAUCAGCAUUAAUCAUCAUUUUUCUCAGGAAAUUCAUCAUUAGCCGUAGAGUGAAACCAACAUCAUCAAUAUACAGAAGAUCAAGCACAAUUCAACUUCCUUUGGGAAAUCUUGGAUGGCCUAUCAUCGGAGAAACCCUAGAGUUCAUUUCUUGUGCCUACUCUGAUUGCCCCGAAAGCUUUAUGGACAAGCGUCGUCACAUGUAUGGAAAAGUGUUCAAGUCACAUAUAUUUGGAAGUCCGACGAUAGUUUCAACUGAUGCAGAAGUAAAUAGAAGUAUUCUUCAAAGUGAUGCAAAGACUUUUGUGCCUUUCUAUCCAAAGUCUCUAACUGAACUAAUUGGAAAAUCCUCCAUAUUGCUCAUUAAUGGAAGUUUGCAAAGGAGAAUCCAUGGCCUCAUUGGAGCUUUUUUCAAGUCUCCUCACGUUAAAGCUCGGAUUACUCAUGACAUGCAGAAAUAUGUCCAACAAUCUAUGAAUAAAUGGCAUGAAAAUUGCCCCGUCUACAUCCAAGACCAAGCUAAAAAUAUUGCUUUCCAAGUAUUAGUCAAAGCGUUGAUUGGAAUAGAUCAAGGUGACCAAUUGGAGUUUUUAAAGACUCAAUUUCAAGAAUUCAUAGCUGGUCUUAUGUCUUUGCCAAUAAAUAUCCCUGGAAGCAGACUUCACCGUUCUUUACAGGCGAAAAAGAGAAUGGUGAAAUUGAUCCAAAGAAUAAUCCAAGAAAAGAGGGACAGGAGUAGUAUUUCAACAGUAAGUGAAGAUGUAGCUGAUGUUUUGCUAAAUAAUACAAGUGAAGAACUAACAGAUGAUUUAAUAUCGGAUAAUAUGAUUGAUUUGAUGAUACCUGGAGAAGAUUCAGUUCCAGUGCUUAUAACUCUUGCCAUAAAAUACCUUUCAGAUUGCCCUGCUGCCCUCCAACAAUUGACGGAGGAGAACCUGAUAUUAAAGAGGCUGAAAGGGAAGCAAGGAGAAACACUAGUGUGGAGCGAUUAUUUAUCCUUACCAUUUACACAAAACGUGAUAUCAGAGACAUUAAGAAUGGGAAACAUAAUAAUAGGGGUAAUGAGAAAAGCAGUGAAAGAUGUGGAGAUAAAAGGAUAUUUAAUUCCUAAAGGAUGGUGUGCUUUGGCAUAUUUUAGAUCAGUCCAUCUUGAUAAUAAUCUCUAUGAUUUCCCAUUCCAGUUCAAUCCCUGGCGCUGGCAAAACAAAGAAACGAACAACUAUAACUUCACACCAUUUGGAGGUGGACAAAGGUUGUGCCCUGGGCUUGACCUUGCUAGGCUCGAAGCUUCUAUCUUCCUCCACCACUUUACUACUCAAUUCAGGUGGGUGGCUGAGGAGGAUUCCAUUAUCAACUUUCCAACAGUAAGAAUGAAGAGGGGAAUGCCAAUUUGGAUUAAAAGGAGAGAGCAGACGACAGAGUAGCCACUCAAUUAGUAAAGAAAACAUCAUGGGACAACAUCAACACGUUAGAAGAACUCUAACACAUUAAAAGAUUGACAAGUACAACGUAACGAAUUAUACUAGAGAAAAAGCAGCUGGUUUUGCAACACACGUGUGGAGGGACAUUUAAUUUGUCCUUUUAUUAUGAAUUUUUGCACACAUAUAUAUACUCCAGUAUUUAGAUUUAUACUUUUGUUGGGACCCCAUUAGACAUUUCCACUGAUUUUACUUGUUUUCCACUCUCAUAUUCCACCUCUUAUCUGUAAUUUGUACAAAUGCUAUAUAUUUAAAAAAGAAAAGGUGACCA